CAGAGCCACGCUGCAAUCUCUCUGUGAUCCAGCAGGAAAGUAAGCAUGCUGUUGGUGGGAGGUGUUUGAGGGGAGUCCUUGGAGGCCAAAGCUUGUCCUUUGACCUCGUUGUCAGAGGCCAGAUAUUUCCUUUGGAUGUUCUGCGGAGCCUGUCAGCACCUCGCUUUUAGGAUGUCUCUGGUGAGUGCUACGAACCAGAUGUAUGUGCAGCUGGAACGUCAGAGGCAGCGUUGUCCAACCAGAGGGAAUCUAGAGUGAGGCAUUCCCUUUGCAGAGAGCACUGAGGCAUUUUCUGAUUAUGGAGAGGGGCAGCUGUGGAUGAAGAAUAUUUCUAGGUCCCGCGGAAUCCAAUGACUUAAAUGGACCUAUACUGACUAUAUACUUGAGUGAAUGCCCAGCCACAGUGUCCCUGCCGUGUCCUGCCGCUGCUGCACAGGGGGAGCUUCCGGGGCUUGCUGAAGGAAGAUGGCUUUCUGGACACAGUUGGGAUUGCUGCUAUGGAAGAACUUCACGUACAGGAGAAGGCAGACAUUUCAGCUGCUGAUUGAAGUUGCUUGGCCUCUCUUUAUCUUUUUUAUACUGAUCUCCGUACGCCUUUCAUAUCCGCCCUACGAACAACAUGAAUGUCACUUUCCAAACAAGGCCAUGCCUUCAGCGGGAACCUUGCCCUGGGUCCAAGGGAUUAUCUGUAAUGCCAACAACCCUUGCUUCCGCUACCCAACGCCUGGGGAAUCCCCAGGUGUCGUCGGAAACUUCAACAGGUCCAUCAUUUCCCGCUUGUUCUCUGAUGCCAAGAGGUUACUCUUGUACAGCCAGAAGGACAGCAGCUUAAAGGAUGCUCAGAAACUCCUGGGAAAACUGCAGAAGCUUGGGAACUCUGGCUCAGGUUUGAAACUUCGGGAUUUCCUGGUCGACAACGAGACCUUCUCAGACUUUCUCCAUCAUAAUGUUUCCGUGCCAUCGUUUGCUGUGGAUGAGAUACUGAAUGCAGAGGUCAACCUCAAGCGGGUCAUCCUGUCCGGCUAUCGAAUGCAGCUGAGAGAUCUGUGCAAUGCGUCAGAGCUGUCUGAAUUUGUUACAAUCCACAACCCGAUAGUCGCGGUGGUCAGCGAAGCCUUCCUUUGCACCAUGCCUAAGGAAAAACUCCACGCGGCAGAGCAAGCCUUUCGUGCUAAUAUAGACCUUUUGAAGCCUAUACUGAAAGGAAUCGCCUCCAAUUCCUCCUUACACGAUCUGUCAGGAACCAUGGAGACCUUGGUGGAGAGUCUUGGGAAGCUCGUUAAAGAGCUAGUGAGCAUGAAGAGCUGGAGUGACAUGAGGCAGGAGGUGAUGUUUCUGACCAAUGUGAACUCCACAAGCUCCUCUACCCAGAUCUACCAGGCGGUGUCGCGGAUCGUGUGUGGCCAUCCGGAGGGGGGAGGGUUAAAAAUCAAAUCUCUCAACUGGUACGAGGACAACAACUACAAAGCCCUGUUUGGAGGCAACAGCACGGAGGAGGAUGCAGCUAAUUUCUAUGAUAAUUCUACAACACCCUAUUGCAAUGAGCUGCUGAAGAAUCUUGAAUCCAGUCCGCUUUCCCGAAUUAUUUGGAGGGCUCUGAAGCCUUUGCUUAUUGGGAAGAUCCUGUACACUCCUGACACCCCGGUCACGAGGCGGGUCAUGACUGAGGUGAACAGGACUUUCCAGGAGCUGGGUGUGUUCCGGGACCUAGGAGGGAUGUGGGAGGAGAUAAGCCCGAAGAUUUGGACGUUCAUGGAAAGCAGCCAGGAAAUGGAUCUGAUCCGGACACUGCUGAAAAGCAAAGGCCUCUGGGACACUCACUUGAGCAGCUCAACGUGGACGGUUCAAGAUGUUUCCCUGUUCUUGGCAAAGUCCUCAGAGGACAUUCAGCCAGUGAAUGGCUCCACAUACACCUGGAUGGAUGCCUUCAAUGAGACUGACCAGGCCGUCCAAACCAUCUCCCGCUUCAUGGAGUGUGUCAACCUGGACAAGCUGGAGCCCGUGGCCACAGAAGUGCGGCUCAUAAACAGGUCCAUGGAGCUCCUGGAGGAGAGGAAGUUCUGGGCUGGCAUUGUCUUCCCGGAAAUCACCCCAACCAGUGUAGAGCUGCCUCCUCACAUCAAGUACAAGAUACGGAUGGACAUAGACAAUGUGGAAAGGACAAACAAGAUUAAGGAUGGGUACUGGGACCCCGGUCCUCGUGCUGACCCCUUUGAAGACAUGCGGUAUGUCUGGGGCGGCUUUGUGUACUUGCAGGAUGUUGUGGAGCAGGCGAUCAUCAGGGCGCUGACGGGCACAGAGAAGAAGACUGGUGUCUACGUGCAGCAGAUGCCCUACCCCUGUUACGUGGAUGAUAUAUUCCUGCGUGUCAUGGGCCGUUCCAUGCCCCUCUUCAUGACUCUGGCUUGGAUCUACUCGGUGGCUGUAAUAAUCAAGGGGAUUGUGUACGAGAAGGAAGCCCGGCUGAAGGAGACCAUGAGAAUCAUGGGCCUGGACAAUGGUAUCCUCUGGUUCAGCUGGUUCAUCAGCAGCCUCAUCCCCCUCCUCAUGAGCGCUGGGCUUCUGGUGCUGAUCCUGAAGAUGGGAAACCUGCUGCCCUAUAGCGACCCCAGCGUGGUGUUUGUCUUCCUCUCCGUCUUUGCCGUGGUGACCAUCUUGCAGUGCUUCCUCAUCAGCACCAUGUUCUCCAGGGCCAACCUGGCAACAGCCUGUGGUGGGAUCAUCUAUUUCACCCUCUACCUGCCCUACGUGCUGUGCGUCGCCUGGCAGGACUACGUGAGCGUCUCGCUGAAAAUGUUCGCGAGCCUGCUGUCCCCGGUCGCCUUUGGGUUUGGCUGCGAGUACUUUGCAUUGUUUGAGGAGCAGGGAGUUGGCGUGCAGUGGGACAACCUCUUUGAAAGCCCCCUUGAAGAAGAUGGCUUCAACCUCACCACAUCUGCCUUCAUGAUGUUGUUUGAUACGUUCCUCUAUGGGGUCAUGACCUGGUACAUUGAGUCUGUCUUCCCAGGCCAGUAUGGAAUUCCCAGGCCUUGGUACUUCCCCUUUACAAAGUCCUAUUGGUUCGGUGAGGAAUCUGAGGAGAGGCGGCACGCUCGUUCUGAUCACAAAGGGCCAUCGGAAAACUGCAUGGAGGAGGAACCCACUCAUCUUAGCCUGGGGGUCUCCAUUCAGAACCUGGUGAAGAUUUACCGUGAUGGCAAGAAGGUUGCUGUGGAUGGGCUCACACUGAAUUUCUUUGAAGGGCAGAUCACAUCCUUUCUGGGACACAAUGGAGCUGGGAAAACCACAACCAUGUCCAUUUUAACUGGCUUAUUUCCUCCGACCUCGGGCACGGCCUUCAUCCUGGGCAAAGAUAUCCGCUCCGAGCUCAGCACCAUCAGGCAGAACUUGGGUGUCUGUCCCCAGCACAAUGUCCUCUUUGACUUGCUGACUGUAGAAGAGCACAUCUGGUUCUACGCUCGUCUGAAAGGGCUGUCAGAAAAAAAGGUGAAAGAAGAGAUGCAGCAGAUGGUGAUGGAUGUCGGCCUGCCUCACAAACUCAAAGCUAGAACCAGCAAACUCUCUGGUGGCAUGCAGAGAAAGCUGUCGGUGGCCUUGGCCUUUGUGGGUGGAUCAAAGGUGGUCAUUUUGGACGAGCCAACAGCUGGGGUGGAUCCUUAUUCUCGCCGAGGGAUAUGGGAACUGCUUCUGAAGUAUCGCCAAGGCCGCACCAUCAUUCUGUCCACACACCACAUGGAUGAGGCAGACAUCCUAGGGGACAGGAUCGCCAUCAUUUCUAACGGCAAACUGUGCUGCGUUGGCUCUUCCCUGUUCCUGAAGAACCAGCUGGGAACAGGCUAUUACCUGACCCUGGUCAAGAAGGACGUGGACUCUUCUCUGAGCUCCUGCAGAAACAGCAGCAGUACGGUGUCGUACCUGAAAAAGGAUGACAGUGUCUCCCAGAGCAGCUCGGAUGCUGGGCUUGGCAGCGACCAUGAAAGUGACACCUUGACAGUAGACGUCUCUGUUAUCUCCAACCUCAUUAUGAAGCACGUUCCUGAGGCCAGGCUGGUAGAGGAGAUUGGCCAUGAGUUAACCUACGUCUUGCCGUAUGAAGCUGCUAGAGAGGGAGCUUUUGUGGAGCUGUUCCAUGAGAUCGACGACCGUCUCUCUGACCUGGGCAUUUCAAGUUACGGCAUCUCGGAGACUACCCUUGAGGAAAUCUUUCUCAAAGUGGCUGAAGAUAAUGGGGUGGAUGCAGAGACCUCAGAUGGCACAUUACCUGCAAGAAGGAACAGGCGUGUCUUUGGAGACAGACAGAGCUGUCUUCAUCCAUUCACAGAAGAUGAUGCUUUCGACCCUAAUGAUUCAGACAUAGAUCCAGAAUCCAGAGAGACAGACCUGCUCAGUGGGAUGGAUGGCAAAGGCUCCUACCAGAUGAAGGGCUGGAAGCUCAUCCAGCAGCAGUUUGUAGCUCUGCUGUGGAAGAGGCUGCUCAUUGCCAAGCGCAGCAGGAAGGGUUUCUUCGCCCAGAUCGUACUGCCCGCCGUGUUUGUGUGCAUUGCUCUCAUGUUCAGCCUGAUCGUACCUCCCUUCGGGAAAUACCCCAGCCUGGAACUGCAGCCCUGGAUGUAUGAGGAGCAGUAUACCUUUAUCAGCAAUGACGCGCCAGACGAUGCAGGCACUCAGAAGCUUGUGAACACUCUUCUCAAUGAACCCGGCUUUGGGACCCGCUGUGUGGAAGGACACUCCAUUCCAGACACUCCUUGCCUGGUCGGAGAGGAUAAAUGGACCACCGCCUCUGUCCCCGACACGGUCCUGGACAUCUUCCUGAACGGCAACUGGACCAUGGAGAACCCCUCCCCGGCCUGUGAAUGCAGCAAUGAGAAGAUCAAGAAAAUGCUCCCUGUGUGCCCUCCUGGCGCAGGGGGGCUGCCUCCUCCACAGAGAGAACAGAACACUGGCGACAUCCUGCAGAACCUGACGGGCCGGAACAUAUCGGACUAUCUGGUGAAGACCUACGCACAGAUCAUUGGGAAAAGUUUAAGGAACAAGAUCUGGGUGAAUGAGUUCAGGUACGGUGGGUUUUCAGUGGGCGCCAGCAGCUCCCUCCUGCUUCCUCCCAGCGAUGAAGUCAGUGAUGCCAUCAAGCAAGUGAAGAAAAUCUUGGAGGUAGCCAAGGGGAGUUCUGGAGAUCAGUUUCUUCACAGCUUGGAAAGCUUCAUGAAAGGGAUGGACACAAAAAACAACGUGAAGGUUUGGUUCAAUAACAAAGGCUGGCAUGCCAUUGGCUCCUUCCUGAAUGUGAUCAACAAUGCCAUCCUCCGGGCCAAUCUUCAGGACGGCGAGAACCCCAGCACCUACGGGAUCACUGCGUUCAACCACCCGCUCAACCUCACCAAGCAGCAGCUCUCCGAGGUCGCCUUGAUGACCACGUCGGUGGACGUUUUAGUCUCCAUCUGUGUGAUCUUCGCCAUGUCCUUCGUCCCCGCCAGCUUUGCGGUUUUCUUGAUCCAGGAGCGAGUCAGCAAGGCCAAGCACCUGCAGUUCAUCAGUGGGGUGAAGCCGGUGAUCUACUGGCUGGCGAACUUCGUCUGGGACAUGUGCAACUACGUAGUUCCAGCCACCUUGGUCAUCAUCAUCUUCAUCUGCUUCCAACAGAAGUCCUACGUGUCCUCUUCCAACCUGCCCGCACUGGCCCUUCUCCUCCUGCUCUAUGGGUGGUCUAUAACACCACUCAUGUACCCAGCUUCCUUUGUGUUCAAGAUCCCCAGCACAGCCUACGUGGUGCUGACCAGCGUGAAUCUCUUCAUUGGCAUAAAUGGCAGCGUGGCCACUUUCGUCCUCGAGCUCUUCACCAACAACAAGCUGAACAAUAUCAAUGAAAUCCUGAAGUCUGUGUUCCUCAUCUUCCCCCACUUCUGCCUGGGGCGGGGACUGAUCGACAUGGUGAAAAAUCAGGCCAUGGCCGACGCUUUGGAAAGGUUUGGGGAGAACCGUUUUGUGUCCCCUCUGUCCUGGGAUCUGGUGGGACGGAACCUCUUUGCCAUGGCUGUGGAAGGGGCAGUCUUCUUCCUGAUCACAGUGCUCAUCCAGUACAGGUUCUUCAUCAAACCGAGGCCUGUCAGUGCCAAGUUGCCUCCUGUGAAUGAUGAAGAUGAGGAUGUGACCAGGGAGAGGCAGAGGAUAAUUAGUGGCGGCGGACAGAGUGACAUCCUUGAAAUCAAAGAGCUGACCAAGAUUUAUAGAAUGAAGAGAAAACCAGCUGUUGACCGGAUCUGUGUUGGAAUCCCUCCUGGGGAGUGCUUUGGCCUCCUGGGAGUGAAUGGCGCUGGCAAGUCGUCAACUUUCAAGAUGCUAACUGGAGAUACAGAUGUGACGGGAGGAGAAGCUUAUCUGAAGGGAAACAGUAUCUUGUCUAACAUCCAAGGAGUCCAUCAGAACAUGGGCUAUUGCCCUCAGUUUGAUGCUAUUAAUGAGCUGCUGACAGGGAGAGAACAUCUGGAGUUCUUUGCACUUUUACGGGGUGUUCCUGAGAAAGAAGUCUGCCAGGUUGGCGAAUGGGCAAUUCGUAAACUGGGCCUUGUGAAGUAUGGAGAAAAAUAUGCUGGGAACUACAGUGGAGGGAACAGACGCAAGCUCUCCACUGCGAUUGCCCUGAUUGGGAGCCCUCCGGUGGUGUUCCUGGAUGAGCCAACCACGGGAAUGGAUCCCAAAGCACGCCGUUUCUUAUGGAACUGUGCUCUGAGCAUCAUCAAGGAGGGGAGAUCAGUGGUGCUUACAUCUCACAGCAUGGAAGAAUGCGAAGCCCUGUGCACUCGAAUGGCAAUAAUGGUCAACGGGCGGUUCAGGUGUCUUGGCAGCGUCCAGCAUCUGAAGAACAGGUUUGGAGAUGGUUAUACAAUAGUAGUGCGAAUAGCGGGGGCAAACCCUAACCUGAAGCCCGUUCAGGAAUUCUUCGGGCUUGCCUUUCCUGGCAGCGUCCUGAAGGAGAAGCAUCGGAACAUGCUUCAGUACCAGCUCCCAUCCUCGCCAUCCUCUCUGGCUAGGAUAUUUAGCAUCCUCUCCCAGAACAAAAAAAGACUCCACAUAGAAGACUACUCCGUUUCUCAGACUACACUUGACCAAGUAUUUGUAAACUUUGCCAAGGACCAAAGUGAUGAUGACCACACAAAGGACAUGUCAUUGCACAAAAACCAGACUGUUGUGGACAUUGCAAUCCUUACUUCUUUUCUGCAAGAUGAGAAGGUGAAAGAAAGUUGCGUGUGAGCUACUCUAGGCAAGGACAUGGUGUUGAGCAGAAGGACGAGACAGCACACCUUCCUUUGCAUGGAAUGGGAUAUUCCCAAAGGGGAAAGCUAGAGGAUACAGAGGGAAAGACGUAAACUGGACACUCUACUGAUAACCAUUCAAUGCAAUGCAAUUCAAUGCAAUGAAAACAAAAUUCCAUUACAGAGGCAGUGCCUCUUGGAGUCAUUGCCUUGUUGUACUGUUCUCAAGUGACUGACUUGAAUCUAGUUCAUUACAGUAUAACUCUGUGAAACUGUAGUAUGGAACCCAUUGGACACUGUGGGCUUUCAGCCAUACUGUAUUUUGUUCCUACACCGUAUAC